GCGGCCGGGUGUCAGUCGAAUACACGCGUCGAUCAUCGUACCAGGUGACUUUAUAUAGCUAUUAUACUGCAGCGCGAAAAMCUCAGAAAUUAAUGUUACAGUUUGUCAAGUUAUAAACUAUAUUGUAUACAUACCGAUAUAGGGAUACACAUACACACACACACACGCAGCUAGGCUUUAUUUCCAUUUAUCCCACUGAGCAGUGCAAUACAGACUACGCAGGCAUCGUGURAGAUCAGUUCUUGCAACAGCAUCGUGCAUAUACCUACCUAGUACAUUCGUCGAGACAUUAUGAAGGUAUCCGCAGCGACCGCCGUCCUGGUUGCUCUGGUCGCCACCGUGCAGAGUUCAGACCCGUGUAACAUAUCCACUUGCUACAAGAGUGGCACGACGAAGCCGCCGACGACUGUGACGCCCACUCGCCUGCCGGUUCAGUCUUCGUCUACCCAGACCAGCCACCCACAGACCACGUAUGCCAAGGACCAUGCGCACGGUUCGACCACCACCAAAACAGGYGCUAAUGCUACGGCCACGACAGCCAGCGGAGCGUCCGUCAACAGCACAGAGCGGCCGGCCAUCGUUAAGUCUUCUGCCGGCGUAACGGGAAACUCCACCACGCCAAAGCCUACGAUGACCGAAGGACAUGUGGCUCUGAAACAGAAGUUGAACACAAUCGCGGUUAAGUGUAAAGACGAGCUACACGCACCACAAGAAAUCAUGGCACUGGUCAGCAAUACGGUGGUACCACAGAGCGAGCAACAAAGAUGCUACUUAGAGUGCGUAUACAAAAAUCUUAACUUGAUCAAGAAUAAUAAGUUCAGUGUGGACGACGGCAAGGCUAUGGCUAGGAUACGCUUCGCUAACCAACCGGAAGAGUACAAGAAAGCAGUGACCAUAAUUGAGACUUGCGAAAAAGAAGCUGUUAUCGAUCCAAAAACCUCUGAAAAAUGCGCAGCUGGACGAGUGAUCAGAAACUGUUUUGUUAAAAAUGGAGAAAAAAUAAAUUUCUUCCCUAAAGCAUAAGAAUCUUGUUAUGUGGACGGAGGAAAAUGGAAAGUAUGAGUUUGAACAUUUCAACCAAACAUGGAUAUACUAAAAAUACCUAUAUUAUGUAACGAUAAAUUAUUUAAGUUAUAAUUUUUACGAAUAAAAGAUAAAAAAAAUAUAA